UUUUUUUUUUUUUUUUUUUUUUGAGUAAAGAGUUUAAAGUCAAGUGCCACCACAUCCGGUCAGGAUUUUCUUGAUACUGCGGAAAGACAGAAAACUAGCACAUGUCCCAUUGGUUCCUCCUGCCAGGGUAAAAAUCCCAUGGACUUUCCAAAGUUUCGGGAGAGCAGGGUGGGCAGCUGGGUGUUGACACUUGUCCAAAACUCGGUAGACUGAGGAAGGCAGAUCCGGAGCUGGAGGCUGGCCUGGGCUACGUAAGGAAUUCCAGGCCAGCUCGGGCUACCGAGUGAUUCACUGUCUAAAACAAACACUCUGCUUGCUGGGAUGUGGCCCGAUUGUGUCCUUGCAUGCAUGGAGCGCUGGUUUAUCUCCUCCCCCCCACCCGCCCCCCGCAAUGCAUGUCUGUGAUUCCAAGAUGUGGGAGGUGGAGGCAGGAAGAUCAUCCUUUGCCUGACGGCAAAUAAGAGGUUAUCUUUGGCCUGACAGCAAGUGGGAGGCCAGCCUGGAAUAGCGUGACCCUGAGUUAAAAAUAAAGAGCGGAGCCCGAAGUGAUGGGACACACCUUUAAUCUCAGAACUCGGAAAAGAGGCAGCCGGAUUUAUGAGUUCGAGGCUGGUAUUGGUCUGCAGAGCAAGUUUGAGGACAUCGGGCUACGAAGAGAAACCCUGUCUCGAAAAACCAAGUCAAAAGAAGUAAAUGAAUAAAUAAAAGAAAAACAGAUAGAACGGGACAGGAAACGCCGCUCCCACUCAACCGCCCAGUUCGAGGCCACGCCCUCGACGCCUGACUCAAACGGCUGGCUCGGGGCUCGAAAUCAAGAUACGCCCCCAGCCCCGCCUUGGCCCACGCGUCCUAGGCGCGCCGCCGGGGGUCGCUUGGGCAACGGGCGCGCGCCGGCCGGAGUGGGGAACCCGGGAAGCCGCACGCGGCGCGCGCAGCAGGUCACCUCCUCCGGCUCAGGCCUUUUCCACUAAGCCCCUCCCCCGCCCCGCCCCCGCGGAAGUGCCGGCAAGCCUCUUCGCUUUCUGACUGGUCCUCCGGUGCAGAGGGCGGAGCUCGCGGUGAGGCGGGGGUGCGUACUUCCGGCUGCCGGCUUGACAUGCAGAAGCCGCUGCUGGGGAGGUUGGGGCUGAGGUGGUGGCGGGCGACGGGCCUCGAGACGCGGAGCGACGCGGCCUAGCGCGGCGGACGGCCGAGGGAACUCGGGCAGUCGUCCCGUCCCGCCAUGGAAAUGGAGAAGGAAUUCGAGCAGAUCGAUAAGGCUGGGAACUGGGCGGCUAUUUACCAGGAUAUUCGACAUGAAGCCAGUGACUUCCCAUGCAGAAUAGCGAAACUUCCUAAGAACAAAAACCGGAACAGGUACCGAGAUGUCAGCCCUUUUGACCACAGUCGGAUUAAAUUGCAUCAGGAAGAUAAUGACUAUAUCAAUGCCAGCUUGAUAAAAAUGGAGGAAGCCCAGAGGAGCUAUAUCCUCACCCAGGGCCCUUUACCAAACACGUGCGGGCACUUCUGGGAGAUGGUGUGGGAGCAGAAGAGCAGGGGCGUGGUCAUGCUCAACCGCAUCAUGGAGAAAGGCUCGUUAAAAUGUGCCCAGUAUUGGCCACAGAAAGAAGAAAAAGAGAUGGUCUUCGAUGACACCAAUUUGAAGCUGACACUGAUCUCUGAAGAUGUCAAGUCAUAUUACACAGUACGGCAGUUGGAGUUGGAGAACCUGGCUACCCAGGAGGCUCGAGAGAUCCUGCAUUUCCACUACACCACCUGGCCUGACUUUGGAGUCCCUGAGUCACCUGCCUCUUUCCUCAAUUUCCUAUUCAAAGUCCGAGAGUCAGGCUCACUCAGCCCAGAGCACGGCCCCAUUGUGGUCCACUGCAGUGCUGGCAUUGGCAGGUCAGGGACCUUCUGCCUGGCUGACACCUGCCUCUUACUGAUGGACAAGAGGAAAGACCCGUCCUCUGUGGACAUCAAGAAAGUGCUGUUGGAGAUGCGCAGGUUCCGCAUGGGGCUCAUCCAGACGGCCGACCAACUGCGCUUCUCCUACCUGGCUGUGAUCGAGGGUGCAAAGUUCAUCAUGGGCGACUCGUCAGUGCAGUGGAAGGAGCUUUCCCAUGAAGACCUGGAGCCUCCCCCUGAGCACGUGCCCCCACCUCCCCGGCCACCCAAACGCACAUUGGAGCCUCACAAUGGCAAGUGCAAGGAGCUCUUCUCCAACCACCAGUGGGUGAGCGAGGAGAGCUGUGAGGAUGAGGACAUCCUGGCCAGAGAGGAAAGCAGAGCCCCCUCAAUUGCUGUGCACAGCAUGAGCAGUAUGAGUCAAGACACUGAAGUUAGGAAACGGAUGGUGGGUGGAGGUCUUCAAAGUGCUCAGGCAUCUGUCCCCACUGAGGAAGAGCUGUCCCCAACCGAGGAGGAACAAAAGGCACACAGGCCAGUUCACUGGAAGCCCUUCCUGGUCAACGUGUGCAUGGCCACGGCCCUGGCGACUGGCGCGUACCUCUGUUACCGGGUAUGUUUUCACUGACAGACUGCUGUGAGGCAUGAGCGUGGUGGGCGCUGCCACUGCCCAGGUUAGGAUUUGGUCUGCGGCGUCUAACCUGGUGUAGAAGAAACAACAGCUUACAAGCCUGUGGUGGAACUGGAAGGGCCAGCCCCAGGAGGGGCAUCUGUGCACUGGGCUUUGAAGGAGCCCCUGGUCCCAAGAACAGAGUCUAAUCUCAGGGCCUUAACCUGUUCAGGAGAAGUAGAGGAAAUGCCAAAUACUCUUCUUGCUCUCACCUCACUCCUCCCCUUUCUCUGGUUCGUUUGUUUUUGGAAAAAAAAAAAAAGAAUUACAACACAUUGUUGUUUUUAACAUUUAUAAAGGCAGGUUUUUGUUAUUUUUAGAGAAAACAAAAGAUGCUAGGCACUGGUGAGAUUCUCUUGUGCCCUUUGGCAUGUGAUCAGAUUCACGAUUUACGUUUAUUUCCGGGGGAGGGUCCCACCUGUCAGGACUGUAAAGUUCCUGCUGGCUUGGUCAGCCCCCCCACCCCCCCACCCCGAGCUUGCAGGUGCCCUGCUGUGAGGAGAGCAGCAGCAGAGGCUGCCCCUGGACAGAAGCCCAGCUCUGCUUCCCUCAGGUGUCCCUGCGUUUCCAUCCUCCUUCUUUGUGACCGCCAUCUUGCAGAUGACCCAGUCCUCAGCACCCCACCCCUGCAGAUGGGUUUCUCCGAGGGCCUGCCUCAGGGUCAUCAGAGGUUGGCUGCCAGCUUAGAGCUGGGGCUUCCAUUUCAUUGGAAAGUCAUUACUAUUCUAUGUAGAAGCCACUCCACUGAGGUGUAAAGCAAGACUCAUAAAGGAGGAGCCUUGGUGUCAUGGAAGUCACUCCGCGCGCAGGACCUGUAACAACCUCUGAAACACUCAGUCCUGCUGCAGUGACGUCCUUGAAGGCAUCAGACAGAUGAUUUGCAGACUGCCAAGACUUGUCCUGAGCCGUGAUUUUUAGAGUCUGGACUCAUGAAACACCGCCGAGCGCUUACUGUGCAGCCUCUGAUGCUGGUUGGCUGAGGCUGCGGGGAGGUGGACACUGUGGGUGCAUCCAGUGCAGUUGCUUUUGUGCAGUUGGGUCCAGCAGCACAGCCCGCACUCCAGCCUCAGCUGCAGGCCACAGUGGCCAUGGAGGCCCGCAGAGCGAGCUGGGGUGGAUGCUUGUUCACUUGGAGCAGCCUUCCCAGGACGUGCAGCUCCCUUCCUGCUUUGUCCUUCUGCUUCCUUCCCUGGAGUAGCAAGCCCACGAGCAAUCGUGAGGGGUGUGAGGGAGCUGCAGAGGCAUCAGAGUGGCCUGCAGCGGCGUGAGGCCCCUUCCCCUCCGACACCCCCCUCCAGAGGAGCCGCUCCACUGUUAUUUAUUCACUUUGCCCACAGACACCCCUGAGUGAGCACACCCUGAAACUGACCGUGUAAGGUGUCAGCCUGCACCCAGGACCGUCAGGUGCAGCACCGGGUCAGUCCUAGGGUUGAGGUAGGACUGACACAGCCACUGUGUGGCUGGUGCUGGGGCAGGGGCAGGAGCUGAGGGUCUUAGAAGCAAUCUUCAGGAACAGACAACAGUGGUGACAUGUAAAGUCCCUGUGGCUACUGAUGACAUGUGUAGGAUGAAGGCUGGCCUUUCUCCCAUGACUUUCUAGAUCCCGUUCCCCGUCUGCUUUCCCUGUGAGUUAGAAAACACACAGGCUCCUGUCCUGGUGGUGCCGUGUGCUUGACAUGGGAAACUUAGAUGCCUGCUCACUGGCGGGCACCUCGGCAUCGCCACCACUCAGAGUGAGAGCAGUGCUGUCCAGUGCCGAGGCCGCCUGACUCCCGGCAGGACUCUUCAGGCUCUGGCCUGCCCCAGCACACCCCGCUGGAUCUCAGACAUUCCACACCCACACCUCAUUCCCUGGACACUUGGGCAAGCAGGGCCCGCCCUUCCACCUCUGGGGUCAGCCCCUCCAUUCCGAGUUCACACUGCUCUGGAGCAGGCCAGGACCGGAAGCAAGGCAGCUGGUGAGGAGCACCCUCCUGGGAACAGUGUAGGUGACAGUCCUGAGAGUCAGCUUGCUAGCGCUGCUGGCACCAGUCACCUUGCUCAGAAGUGUGUGGCUCUUGAGGCUGAAGAGACUGAUGAUGGUGCUCAUGACUCUUCUGUGAGGGGAACUUGACCUUCACAUUGGGUGGCUUUUUUUAAAAUAAGCGAAGGCAGCUGGAACUCCAGUCUGCCUCUUGCCAGCACUUCACAUUUUGCCUUUCACCCAGAGAAGCCAGCACAGAGCCACUGGGGAAGGCGAUGGCCUUGCCUGCACAGGCUGAGGAGAUGGCUCAGCCGGCGUCCAGGCUGUGUCUGGAGCAGGGGGUGCACAGCAGCCUCACAGGUGGGGGCCUGAGAGCAGGCGCUGCCCUGUCCCCUGCCCCGCUGGAGGCAGCAAAGCUGCUGCAUGCCUUAAGUCAAUACUUACUCAGCAGGGCGCUCUCGUUCUCUCUCUCUCUCUCUCUCUCUCUCUCUCUCUCUCUCUCUCUCUCUCUAAAUGGCCAUAGAAUAAACCAUUUUUACAAAAAUAAAAGCCAACAACAAAGUGCUCUGGAAUAGCACCUUUGCAGGUGCGGGGGGUGUCUCAGGGUCUUCUGUGACCUCACCGAACUGUCCGACUGCACCGUUUCCAACUUGUGUCUCACUAAUGGGUCUGCAUUAGUUGCAACAAUAAAUGUUUUUAAAGAACA